AUGUCACAAUCAGAGUCUUUUUCGGCUGCACCUAGUGAAGGAGUUCUUCAAGGUAACCUCAUUCUUUCGCCCAUGCUGCAUCUAAAAUCUCACGCCAUGUUGGAAGCGCCUCAGUCUAGUGUCAUUCAAAAGGGAGAGGAUCUGCUUAAUGAGACUCUCAUCGAUCAUUUAGACAACAUUGAUAAGGGAUUAGAGCAGAAAUCGCUGGCGAAAGAUCCGCUUCUAGAGACU